CCGCUGUCUGUUUUGUGCUAUCAUGAGAGCGAAGCUGAUCGCGCGGGAUCACUGGCGCCCUGGAAUCCUGUUUUUCAUGCUUGUGGCUUUAACGCUUGGUCGUAGCCCGCCGGCGAACAGUGCAAACGAACCGAACAACAUGUCUUACGUCAAAGUCACCGUGGAUAAACUACUCAAAGGCUACGACAUUCGUCUCAGGCCUGACUUUGGAGGUCCUCCGGUUGACGUCGGUAUGAGUAUUGAUAUCGCCAGUAUCGAUAUGGUGUCGGAAGUGAACAUGGACUACACCAUCACCAUGUAUUUCCAGCAGUCCUGGCGUGAUAAGCGUCUAUCCUACACAGGAAUCCCUCUCAAUCUUACUUUAGACAACCGAGUGGCCGAUCAACUCUGGGUGCCUGAUACUUACUUCAUAAAUGACAAGAAAUCUUUUGUUCAUGGAGUCACAGUGAAGAACCGCAUGAUUCGUUUGCACCCUGAUGGAACGGUGCUCUAUGGCCUCAGGAUAACUACCACAGCUGCAUGUAUGAUGGAUUUGCGCAGAUACCCACUGGAUGAGCAGAAUUGUACACUGGAGAUCGAAAGUUAUGGCUACACCACAGAUGACAUUGAGUUUUACUGGCAGGGAGGAAGUUCGGUGACAGGAGUGGACAACAUUGAGCUGCCACAGUUCUCUAUCAUUGAUUAUAAAACACUGUCUAAGAAAGUGGUGUUCGCCACAGGGUCUUAUCCACGUCUGUCUCUAAGUUUUAAACUGAAGAGAAACAUUGGAUAUUUCAUCCUUCAGACCUAUAUGCCUUCAACACUGAUCACAAUCUUGUCUUGGGUCUCCUUCUGGAUAAACUACGAUGCUUCAGCAGCAAGAGUUGCACUAGGAAUCACCACUGUUCUGACUAUGACCACAAUCAACACUCAUCUUAGGGAGACAUUACCCAAGAUCCCAUAUGUAAAGGCCAUAGACAUCUAUCUGAUGGGCUGCUUUGUGUUUGUGUUCCUGGCAUUGCUCGAGUAUGCCUUCGUCAACUACAUCUUCUUUGGCCGUGGUCCCCACUUACAGAAGAAAGUUGCAGAAAAAGCUGCAAAAAGCAACAAUGAAAAGAGUCGAAUGGAAAGUAACAAAGUUCAGGUUGAUGUCCAUGGACACAUUCCUCUAACAAACCUUGAUCUGCACCUUAGAGGGGCCGAGAUAUUAGGAGCUCUUGGAGACCCAAGGAACACCAUGUUCUCUUAUGAUAGUGCCAGCAUUCAAUACCGUAAGCCCCUUACAGGGCGUGACCUCUAUGUCCGGCCCACUGCCUCUCUUGAGAGGCCAAUAACCCAUAAACAGAGUCAUCUUAGGAGGCGAGCUGCUCAGCUGAAGGUGAAAAUUCCAGACCUUACAGACGUAAAUUCCAUCGACAAAUGGUCACGUGUUAUCUUUCCCAUCACCUACACGUUCUUUAACUUAGUAUACUGGCUGUAUUAUGUCCACUAGGGGGCAACCCGUUAUCAAAUCCAGCCAUUCACACAUCAACUCAGGCUCUGAAUGAGGUGGAUUCUAUAGAUAGCCCUUGUCUGUAUAAUGUUUUAGGAUAUUUAACUAAAAAAUAUAUACAUAUGUAUGAUGUAAAUCUAUAUCAAAGUUUUUAUGUAAGACAUUUUUUUUAUAUAAUUAUUAAACUUUUAAAGCUACUCGAUGUUGAUUUAGUUUGACAUUGUCACUGGAUUUCUGCUCUUUACAUCUGUGGAAUCAGUUUCAUAUGGGCUUUAAAGGAGACUGCAGCCUCACAUUGAGGGAAACACUUUCCCUUGCAGAGAUCCAGCAUGACUGCAUUGCACCUCUAUGUCAGAAAGUCAUAAACCACUGUAAAACAGCAGUUGGAAGUUGUUAGUUAGAAGAUAGGGGGAGUUAGGGGUAGGGUUAGGUUAGGAGAAUAAGGUUAGAUUAGGGUCUUCAACAAUGAAAAUGAUAUAAGCAUCAUUGUAAUAAGAUACAUUUACUUGAGAAGCUUAAUUUAAUACAAUUGUUUUCAGAGAAUAUAUCUUGAAUUAAGAUCAUUUUAUUCUUUAUCCAUUGGAAUUUGUUUCUUCAUCUCUGGUUUUAACUUUAUUGAGGUUUAUUUCUACUCCAAUAUUCUUAUUAUCUUACACAAGAUUGCUUCUCAUGUAAAUCAGAUCAUGUUGAUCUGGUUUCGGAUUGUUUUAGUGGAAAACAAGAACUUUCUUUUUUUGGGAGAGAAAGAAGACUUUAAUUAUGAAAUAUUUUCUUCUUAGUAAGACUUUAGUAACUUCACUCUGCCACCAAGUAAUGGGCAAAAGACCUCAUCAUUUGGGUUAUGUUAUUUUCUACAGCUCUUGUGUGUGUGCCAGUUUUUAUGUGGCCUAACACACCAUUUGUGCUCUGAUUUCAUUUCUUGAUAUGUACAGUAGAUCAUCUGAUAAGCAUAGCUAUCUGUUGUUCUAUACAGCAACAUUCGACAUGAUGACAAGCAGUUUUCAAUGAUUGACAAUGUAUGUAAACAUAUCAGGUAUCAAAUGAUUAAUGAUUUCAUCAUGGGUUUAAAUAAACCCAGGAAUCCUGCAUAUAAUUUCAUCCAAGUGGUAGAUGAAUUUUUUACUGCAAAACCCAGUGUGCUUAAUCUAGACUUGAGGUAUUCACAAGACAAAUAAUAAUUAUAAUAAUAUUCAGGAAAAUGAAUAAAUGCCUUCAUUCUGUUAGUCUCCGUCAACCAAUAUUUGACUUGACUAUGCUGGGCAUCAUGAUUGAACUCAGCAUCCCUGAUAUUAGCCAUCAGAACGUAGGUGCUGUAUGACUUUAUAUAUGGGCAUUGUCGUACGGAUCUACAGUUGUAACUAUUUAUAAAUUAAAUUAUUUUAAUGUAUUAACCUUGCACUUUUAGCUUUACAUAUAUUCACUGUGAGUUAUGUAUUAUUCAAGCUCACCAAAGCAGCAGAUAGGACUUAAUAACCAAUAAAUUUUUUCUCUUUAUGGCUGAAUCUGUGCCUACAUGAAAAAAUAAUGUAUUUACAGGGUUCCACAUAAAACCGCAGAGUAGAAUUAUUCUGAAUUAAUUUCCACUUUUUAAAAGUAUGGGUACUUUCAAGGGCUUUUGUAAUGCCCUGUAUUAAUACGUAUUAAUAUUAUAUAACUGCCUCUAUAAUGACAUAAAAUGCAUUUGGCAUGUAAAAAAAAAUGGCUUACACUGCAACACAUUAGUAUUUAAACUAUUCAUUUAAGUUAAUCAAAGAGAUCUCAAGUAUAAACAAAGUAUAUUUACACACAAUCCAGCCAGAAUUAGCAUGAACACGCAGACACAUAAACCUUUCACAAAUAAAAAUGUAUCCUUUAAAAUAUAUAUAUAUCACCUAAAGUGUUUUAGCUUGGAAUGCCUACAACAGCAAAUGCCAAAAAAAAUUAUAAAUAAAAAGAGUAUAUUUAAAAUAGUAUUCUGUUAAAGCUGUUAACCAUGUGGAGUGUGUUGUAGGAGAAUGUAUGCCUGAGUGCGACUGAGAAACUGCUUGUAUCUGAGUUUAUGUGAGCCUUGAAAUGCAAGUACAGUUGUUCUUA